AGUUCAAUAGUUUUAUCUUCUUAUUUUGUUUUGGAGCCCCACAAAUUUUAAGUAAGACAUGCAACACAACAAGAAGUCAACAGCAUCUACAACACUAUCAUUAACAUGGUUAGAUCACCAACCAGCUAAUCUAAUAUAUAAGAACUCAAAUUUAAUGCAAGCCAACAUAUUGAGUUUGCUGUCCCGACCAAAAACCACAAGUUUGUAACACAGCACAGUGUUAUGAUAACAUUAAUAAAUUCAGAUGAUAUAAUAUGUGGAAGCGAUGGUCGGGACAAGUACAUCAAAAGGGGUCCCUGAGGUGAAAAUAAAGACGAACAAUUCUGCAAAGAGACAGAAGGCAAAAUAAAAAAGAGCCUGCCUUCUGACGUAACCAUAUUCAUAUUAUAAAUCAUUGUGAUCUAUUAUUAUAUUUUAUAAUUCUUCUUCUUCUUUUUUUGCGUGGGGACCCAACUUUGGACUUGUCAUAUGUAUAUUCCAAAAAUCUGCGAAGAUAGAUACUUCAGACGUGACCAUGUGAAUACGAUCAGUUUUCCGUUGUGAAAUAUUUGUGAAGCAUCUUUUACAUCAAAAUGUAGUAGCUGGCCCAUUGAGAUCUUAAAAAACUUUACUGAUUCCAUUGUUGUUAUCUUAUAGUUGUUUUAAUUUCUUUUGUUACUAGAAAGUAAAAAUGUUAUUGCACUGUUGAUCGAUGCAUGAACUUAAUUAGUAUCAGCCAGUGCAGUGCUUGGUGUGUGUAGAAAUGAUUAUUUCUUUUUGCUUUUCAGCUAAGUGUCAAGCGUGUCUUUUGUGUUGAAGUUGAGGCAUUAUUAGAUUCUGGUGCCAUGCUGGUGCUUGUUGCCUUGUUCGUCUAACUAUCACGUAACUUCUAAACAUUUGACAUAUAUAUACAUAUAUAUCUAAUUUAUUUGGUUGUAUAUAUAGGUUGGAAUGGAUCAAUGUACUGCCGAACAUGUACGAGCCCCUUAUAAUGGAAAAAUCCAUACUUGAUGCACAUAUCCGUGAGUAAAGAGUGACUUCUUCAAGGUAGUAAGCUAUAGGGUUUUAUCGCUUUAUCUUGUAAAAGUUUUAUGCUAUUUAAAUUUGAAAGCCUUUAGUUAAAAAAAAAUGAUCAUAGAUACUUUAAACGUCAAUAUUAAUUUACACAUUAGUGAAAUGGACGACUCAACUACACUCUUAUACACACUAUUAUAGCAUGGCUAUGUAAUACAUGUUCAAGUAUCACAAUAAGCUUAUUCAUUUCGGUCUAUUAUAUUCCUGUGUCAAAAGUGACUCAAAACCCAUAUUCCUCUAUUACUACUCAUUUUUGAAAAUGGAUAUUAUUAUUGUAAAGAACGUAAAAAGGGCCCUGGUGCCACGUAAGGGCCCAGUAUGGAAUGCUUUGUACAUAACCUUGUACUUGUUCCUUGUUGGGUUGUAGAGGACCGAGAUGCGGUUCGACCGGUUUUCAAACACGGCCUAUAAUUUUGAAAAAGGAAAAGGCUCUCUAGUCUUACUGUCGACAUUCCAACUGUAAAACAAAAAAGAAAAAGACACUCUAACAACAGUCACUCUCAACACUAAUGUACCAAGAUCGUCAAGGCGUCGUAGGCGGUGGCGGAUCUACCCCACACGGUAUCAUACUCGCCGUCGUCGUUGCAUUGGUAGUCUUCGUUCCCUUCUUCCUCGGAGACGGAGGAGAAGCCAUCACAGACGGGAUCUCAGAGCUUCUCUGUCCAGUGGGACUCCUCUUGCUCCCCAUCAUCCUCCUCCUCACCAUCCAGUUCCUCUCCUCUGAACGCGGUUCCUUCGUAUCCGCCAUUUUCUCUACCGGAGAGCCCGAGUCCAUUCACCGUGUUAGCGGAUCUCCAGUAGGCGUCGCGCUGUUCCUAGUCCUGAUCUUGUUCUUACUCUACAACCGCUUCUCCAUCUUUGGUGGAGGUGAUGACUCCGACGACUGAUGCGACGUCGUUUUCCCAGAUCUAGUUUUUUUUUUCUUUAUUCUAUUUUUUUUUUUAUCUUUUCGUUUUAUUUGACGGUUGUGUAGUCAAAGGUUUGAUGUAAUGCAGUGAAACAGUAAAUAAAAUUUUCACUGUUAUCCCUCCUCAUCAGAGUUAACACAACCACAUUGUUACUAACUUUACUAUGUACAUGAAAACCUUACAAAACUAAUCUCUUACAAAGAUCA